AUGAAAGACAUUCUCAACCGUGCCGGAAUGAUGGAUUGCAAGCCUUUGGCAACUCCCGCUUCAGUCACUCAGCCAGUAACUCCGUCGGAUGAACCGUUUGACAACCCGACGCAGUAUCGGCGUCUAGUUGGGGCACUUCAGUACCUAACUAUCACGCGCCCGGACCUAUCCUUUUCUGUCAAUAGACUGUGUCAGUUUAUGCAUUCGCCGUCCAGUGAUCAUUGGGGUCUAUUGAAGCGUGUGCUACGGUACGUCAAAGGAACCAUCUCGUACGGUUUGCGUCUUUCCGCUUCUGCUUCGUCGACUAUACACGGUUUUUCGGACUCAGAUUGGGCCGGUUGUCCCAUCGACAGGAAAAGCACUAGUGGGUAUGCUGUAUUCCUGGGUGACAACCUCAUCUCCUGGCUAUCUCGGAAACAGCGCACAGUCGCCCGAUCCUCGACUGAAGCUGAGUAUAAAGCUCUCGCCGACGUGUCAGCUGAGGUAACCUGGGUUGUUUCACUUCUUCGUGAACUUGGGCUACAUUCGGGAGAGCCGUCCACACUCUGGUGCGAUAACCUGGGUGCUACCUAUCUUUGUGCCAACCCAGUGUUUCAUGCCAGGACCAAGCAUGUGGAGAUUGAUUUUCACUUCGUUCGAGACAAGGUGGCUUCGGGUGACUUGGUUGUUAAUUUUGUUUCGACGAAGGAUCAGCUUGCGGACAUAUUUACCAAACCAUUACCAGGGCCCCGCUUUGCAGCUCUACGUGACAAGCUCAACAUUGUUGCUCACCACUCUUGA